AUGGGCUUGUUGAUGUCAACUUCACUUUUUAAUGUUGAAACUGAUAUAAAUAUUGUUCCUGUUUCACUGGACGGAAAGGGUAAUAGUGUGAAAUGUGCAAGAGUUAAUAAAGUUGAAGUACAUUUAUUUCAACAUGAUGAAGUGAAUGCAAAUUUCUUGGUUAAAAGCUCGGAUGAAUUUGUUGCAUCCAAUGGUUCUGAAAUUGGAAUUGGAUUGGAAGAAUUAAAAUUAAGAACAUUGAUGCUUGCCACCAGGAUU